CAUUCCCAUCUGAUCCCAGGACGACAUGUCGGACCAGCAGGAAGCGGUCAAGCAGCGCAUCAUGAAGCACAUGAAUGAGGAUCAUGCAGACUCACUUUCUGCCUACUUGCAGCACUAUCAUGGCUUGAGCACUGGUGAAAUCAAGCAGGCACAGCUGACAGACUUGAGUGAUGAGGGCAUGUACAUCACCCCAGACACAGCAGCAGGCCACUCUUAUCUCGUCAAGUUCACUCCGCCACUUCAAAAUCUCGAGGGGAUACGGCCGCGUGUUAUUGCAAUGGCAAAGGAAGCGCAAGAGGGCAUCAAAGGGUAGUUUCUACAUAGAUAGCGAAAAGCCCUAACGCCCACGACCACGUCCACGCUCUGCCAUAUUUUGUACCUUACCG